AUGGAGUCGAACGAGAGCCUUGAUUACAGCAAAGGAAACUUCACAUACGAAAACGCGGAUGAAGAGCCCCAAUUUCAUUGGAGGACCGUCGUAGCAUGCGUGGCGAUGUUCAUGCUCAACUUCGUCCAGGUGGUCGCUUUGGAAGGCCCUCCAGCAGUUUUGACCUACAUCGGCAAAGACCUCAACGCAGAGACCACAGAGACCUGGAUCCCGAACUCACUCUCCCUCGUGCAGGCAGUCGUUGGACCGAUGAUCGCAUCUCGAAAGAUACUCCUCGUUAGCUGCUGUACGCUAUCCUUCAUCGGCUGCGCUAUCGCCCCCGGAGCACAGGAAAUCGGCCGCCUUAUCGCAGCUCAGACGUUAAUCGGCUUUGGCUUCGCAUGUGCUCCUCUUGCUUACAGCGUCCCGGCUGAGAUCUUGCCGCGUAGAUGGCGGUCCAUCGUGCAGGGUGUUGUGAACAUCGCUGCAGCUCUCGGCGCUAUCGCGGGCCCCUUGAUUAUCGGCGCUUUGGUAGAGGGAGACACCUUGGACGGCUGGAGGGACUUCUAUUGGAUCCAGAUGGCUCUCUGGGGUGUUACCGUUAUUGGACUCCUUUUUGGAUACAUGCCGCCGAAGAGAAUCACUUCAGUCGACAGCCUUAAGUGGUGGCAAAAGCUGCUAAAGCUAGAUCUUAUCGGGUUCUUCCUCUUGCUGGCCGGCCUCGUUCUCACGCUUGUUGGACUUACCAUGGGAGGCACCCAAUACCCCUGGAGCGAUAGCCGGGUCAUAGGCACGCUUGUUAGUGGCCUGGUCAUACUUGGCUUCUUUCUCUUGUAUGAAUGGAAGGGCACAUCGACCGGCAUCCUGAACCACGAGCUUUUCCGCGGCGGAGAGGGUCGAGAAGGCCUAGGACGAACCUUUGCCAUAUGCCUUCUCCUGAUCUUCUUGGAGGGCGCAUUGCUCUUUGCGUACAUGAUCUUCUACCCUAUAAUGACCGCCACUCUCUUCGAAACCGAUCCAUUCCUACAAGUCCUUCGCGCCCAGCCAUUCUGGAUUGCAAAUGGAAUAGUAACCGGUCUUUAUGGACUCUACAGCUCUCGAUUCAAGUCUUUCCGUAUUCCAAUGGCAUUCGGCUUUACCCUCUUCACUGCAGGAAUUGUAGGCUUUGCAACAAUCGAGCCUGACGACUCUACAAACGCCCUGAUCUUCUCUGGCCUAGCGGGUAUUGGAUUUGGAGGACCCCUUGUGCUCAUCAUCUCCGCUGUCCAAUUAGCCGUCCCGCAUCACUUGAUCUGCACAGCGACAGCGGUAGCUAUCUCAGCUCGAGGAAUCGCAGACGCAGUCUUCACAGCUGCUCUUACAGCCGCUCUGGACAGCGAGGAGUCUUCACUCGUACCGCAAGACGUCGGCCAAGCCGUAGUUCAAGCAGGACUUCCUAGCAGUUCGGUCGAUUCCUUCAUCGCAGCUUUGACGACUGAGAACAUAACCGCUCUCGCGGCUGUCCCGGGGAUCACGCCAGCUAUUGCUGAGGCAGGAGUGACUGCAUUCAAGCAGGCCAUGGCCGACUCGAUUCGUGUUGUCUGGGAAAUCGUCGCUCCGUUCGGCGCGGUCGCUGUGAUUGCUUGUAUCUUCUUGGGAAGUUUGAAGAAGCUGAUGGAUUUCAAGGUCCAGGCGCCCGUGGAAAAGUUGAAGGCGAAGAAUCCACGGUCAUGA